ACCUCCCUCGCCUCCCAACUCCCGAUCCCCCACCUCUCUCGUUGUUCACGGCUGUUCUCGAGCUUGAUCGCCUUUAGUUGCGGAUCACAAGUGGUGUCUGAGGGCGUGUCCCCAACGCGGCCAACACACCCACCAACGCAUCACACCUUAACAACGUCCCAUCCUGUGCUUGUGUGCUUGUAUGCGUGUGCGUGGGCGACUGCGCAUUGCACUCAAUUCACCACCCCCAUCACCCUUCCUCCUCGCACAAGCACCACACCCCACACAUCCACUCAACCACACACAUCACCCCCCUCGCAUUCUUCUCUCCAUCUCUCUCUCUCAAUCCCAUCUCCCUCCUCUUGACUCCAUCAUCUAUUCAACUCGACUCUUCCGUCCCACAAACCCCUCCUCCACCCUCCCAAAAGCGUCGAGAGACAGAGAGAGCAACUCGCUCGCUUCUCCUUCGCACUCUUUCUCGCACCCUCACCAGGUGCACGGACCAUUCCAGCUUCGCUACAACUCGCGCUUCUCCUGUGCACUCGUACUACCAGACCUCAUUCCCCUCCUCCCCCACUCCCCGCCACCCACAUCCCGUCCCCAGUCGUCAUCCAUCACAAUGUCUUCCCCAGGCGGUACUAACAUCUCCUCGUCGCCUUCGACGCCACCAUCCUCUUCAGCCGCUCCUGUCGACCCCUCCACCCCCGGCCCCACCACCACGUCCCCAACCCCCACCCCCUCUGUUCCGCCCGACACUUCUGUCAAUCCCGGCUCAUCAAACCCCGGUCCCAGCGGCAGCAGCAGCAACCCCGGUCCCUCCAACCCCGGCUCGUCCAGCAAUAACCCUGGGCCGAGCUCUGACCCGGGCACUGGCCAGUCAUCUGUUAACCCGGGACCUUCCUCGCAAUCUCCCGGCCCAUCCGCAAGUUCCAAUAAUCCGGGACCCAGCUCCAAUGCUGGCGGCGGCGCCGGAGGCAGCAGCGUACAGCCUGGUCAAUCCGAUUCCGUUGGCCCUACUGGCAGCAGCGGUCAGUCUGGUUCCUCCAGCGCCACCAGCGGCGCUGCCGUUAGCUACGUUACUGUGUAAGUCUGAUUGCUUUUACUUGAGCCGGCCUGAAAAGCUUACACCAAGUACACGCACGGAUGCCAACGGCAACAUUCAGACUGCGAUUGAAACCCGCCCCGUUGGCGGCGACUCCAAGUCGAAUGGUGAGUGGCGUGGCGCAAACCGCUGGUUUUCUAUGCUGACUGAUCAGUCGGUCCCAUUGUGGGAGGUGUUGUCGGCGGUGUUGGCGGUGCGAUUGUUAUCGCCGUCCUCGUCUG